AUGGCAACUGCGCAUCAGAGUCGUUCUGUGCACGUACAUAAUACCAAAGAUGAACGUUGCACUACAACACCUGUCCCGCAUUAUAACUAUGAAACGUACUAUAAGCAUCAGGAAAAGCAACCGGCCCAUACGAAUGCUCUUCUUCAGUAUUUAUCUGAUACAGAAUUAAGACACCGGAAUGAUAAUCUUUACGAAAGUGAGCUUUCUCGACUACCGAGACGUGCUGAUAUACUCAGUCGUUAUAUAAAAAUGAAUCCAAAUUUCGAACAUUUGAACCGCGUUUACGAACCGAACCUAACGAUGAUUGAAAAGCAACGUUACAAGCGUUGUCUUGAACAACAACAGCAGAAAUUACAUCGAACAGUGAAAAAAUUCGACUUUCAAACGGCCGACGGUUAUAAUAGUCAUUAUUUUCUGACUGGUGCUCGCUAUAAUCGUUUUGAUACAGUGGAUUCGAAGAUUCUUCACAAAUAUGGAACAUUUGUUAAUCGAAACAACCCCGAACAAGUCGAUAUUAAACCAUCGCAUUUUAAGAAAUUUCGCGAGAUUCUUCAAGCUCAAAGACGUUCAAGUACUGGUGAAAUAGCGCGACGAGAUGCCGGCUAUGAUUCGACUGAAGAUGGAAAACAAGAAGAUCUCGAUGCACUCACAACUAGAUAUGAAGGAGGAGGAGCAAUUCGACCAUCGAAUAUGGUACCUAUGUACGGACGACGUCAUAAGCUACCGAAAAUCAAAGAUCCGGCUCGAUACGUUGAUGUUGGCAGUCAAAUGCCAGAGAAGAAACGAGGUCGACGUUCGGUGGACCGAGCUAUGUCGUCAUCUUCAAUUCAUCGUACCAAUCGUCAUCGUCGUCAGUCCCAACAUCAACAGCAACAACAACAGUCUCAGCAAUCGCCCGCUCAACAAAGCAGCGUCUCAUAUGUUGCUAAUAAAAUUUCAUUUUCAUUGGUCAAUGAACCCAAUACAUCAGUCAUAACAACAUCGCAUAAACAAAAUGAUGAUGAAUAUGAAUUGAUAACCACUCAGGAUUCUGAUCGACAUUAUCAUCACCAUCCGCAUCCUCCUCCACAUCCACCUUCUCAUCAUCAACACCAUCAACCGCAAGAGCGCUAUGUAUCCCCGGAGCCGAUCGAUAAUGUUGGUACUGAUGAUAAUGAGGAUGAGGAUGCUGAUGAUCCAGUUUUGAUCGAACAACUACAACAGCGAGCAGAUGAUAUUGUUUCAAAUGUUCUCGCUUUUGCUAUGGAACAUAUUUUAACAACAUCGGAAGAAUAA